AUGAUACCAAUGUCUGAUCCGAAACGUGUAAUGUAUGACGUCAUAGACCCUGUCACCAAUAAAUCAAUAAGAUGGAUAGAUAUUGGACCGAUAAUCAGAAGAAGCAAGGAGAUUUUGGAGGAUUUUCACCCACCAACCACCACCCAAUUCAAAUCUCUCAAUGCCCUUCAAAAAAUGACAUUUUCACUCCAAAAACUGCAGUCCGGACAGAAAAAACAGCCGAAAAUGAUGUAUGAAAUGACAUUUGAUGACUAUUUUCUACAUUGGGAGGAGCUGAUGACAAGAGCAGCCGAGUGGUCGAUGCAUUCCGAGCAGUUCUAUGGAUUACCGGAGCAUGAGAGGCUCAACUUCUUCAAAAUCAUCUGGGCUGUUUGGCGACGAGUUGAGAGGAAUUCAUUAUCUGCAAAAAUGUUUGGACAACGAUGUUUGGAUGAAAAACUAUUGCUUAUUUCGGAUGACAUGGUUAUGCAAUUUGACAAUUUCGAAGUGGACAUGACGGAAAUUUCUGGGAAAAGUAUGGCGGAAUAUAGGCGUUUUAUGAGAAAACAUCUGCUCCUAUACUUCGACAUCGUUGUCCGUCCCUGUCUAGAAUGGAAUUUCACGGACACUGAAAUAAAUUUUGCCUUAUCUCAAAUCGUAUGGAACUAUGCAUCCCGAAAACUCCUCGGACAGACUCUCCAGGCAUCCGACGCGUUUUUGUCUGAAAUUUCUGAAAAUCUGCAUGAAUACUAUCGGAAUGAAAUGAGACUGAAGAAUUAUGCGCCGCGGUUGGCGGUGCUCAUGGAGAUGGUCAAUGGGGUGUUGAAAGUCCAAGCGGAGCACGAAAGGACAUUGGAGAUGGGGUUUCUGUUCGAUAUGGUGAAUGUGGUGGUGUCCGAGCCGGCGUUCUUCUCAGUUUGA